GUGAAGGUGGAGAUACUGAGAGGAACAAGAAGCUUCGUGAAAAGAAAUUCUACCUGAAACAUGUGGAAGAUUUGUGCCUAAAGAUUUUAAUACUAAGCCUAAUUCGUAUCCUCAAAUUGAUAUCUUGACAGGAGAGCCAAAGUUGAUUUAGUUGACUGCAGUUUAGACACUCGAAAUUGGAGAAUUUUGGGCUCAAUUCGUCUUCAUCAACAUUACCUGCCUCACGAAACUUUAUAGAAAUCCAAGAAAAUGCUAGCUUGAAUGCUUUGGAUUUCCUGCCGUUAGAAAUCCUUUUAAUCUUCCCGAGAAAGUCGUGUAACUUCAGCUUUGUCGUUAAGAGACGAGAGUAUUCUAAGCAGUUAUUGAUAUGAGGGAAGAAGACGUUGAGGUGGCCAUUAAGGUUGUGGUCGUAGGCAAUGGUGCAGUUGGAAAGAGCAGUAUGAUUCAGCGAUACUGUAAAGGGAUUUUCACCAAAGAUUACAAGAAAACUAUCGGUGUAGACUUCCUUGAACGCCAGAUAAGCAUAAAUGGCGAGGAUAUACGACUUAUGUUGUGGGAUACUGCCGGGCAAGAAGAAUUUGAUGCUAUUACUAAGGCAUAUUACCGAGGUGCCCAGGCAUGUGCUAUAGUAUUCUCCACUGUAGAUAGGGAUUCAUUUGAUUCUAUAGAGACUUGGAAAUCAAAGGUUGAAGUCGAAUGUGGAAAUAUACCAAUGGUUCUAGUCCAAAAUAAAAUUGAUUUAAUUGAUGAAGCUGUUGUUAAGCCAGAUGAGGCUGAGUCACUAGCGAAAAAAUUGAGACUAAAAUUUUACAGGACUUCAGUUAAAGAAGAUCUUAAUGUUAAUGAUGUUUUCCAAUACCUGUCAGAUAGAUAUCUAGAUAUUCUACAUAAUACUGAAGUGGAACAACCGACCACCAAUCAAAAAAGUGUUGCAGGGCUUUUUAGUACAGGAGCUACUCAGCCUGGACAGCCCCCAAACAACAAUUCUAAACCAACCAGUCAGCAAGGUGGCACUGGAGAAAUUAUCACUCUUAAGCCAAACAAACAACGAACCCACGGUAAAAAGUCCAAGCUUGCAAGUUGUUCCAUUUUAGGCUGAAGAACGUGACAGUUCUUAAUAAUUGCUUGGGUAAAUCCAAUAGUUGAACACUUUAAUUUCCCAUGACUGAGGUAUAUCUAAAGGCAGUGAAUCAUAGUCAUGGUCUCACCAACAAAUGUUGGUGUGGGCCAUACUAUUUAUGCCUGCCGAAGGGGAUGGUUAAUAAUACAAAAAUAAUGUGUGCUAGCACUUGAUUGGUUGGAAAUUAAGUAAACUAGGGUUAUUGUUUCCACGACCAGAAACAAUGUUGAUUAUCGAAAAAUCAAACCAACGAAGAAAGGAAAAAAACAAUCCAAGUGACUCCACGUAUUAUUACAUGCGAGUCAAUAUCAUUAAGAACUCACAUAAAAAUAUACAAUCAAGCAAUGAAAUCUUGGUAACAUAAAUUACAAAUGAGCAUAAGAUAUCAUUGUCUUCUAGAUUGACUUGGCAUUUACUGUAAUAAAAAUUUAUCUUCAAUGGGCUGAAUUGAAAUUUAUAUGAUUUUUGUUUAGUCUUCAUUUCUUUUUCAAGUGUCUUCGUGUUUAGGAUAAAUGUUUGUAACUUAUAGAAAUCAUGUUAUGAAAAAGCACAUGUACACCUGUAAUAUUCAUAUAGUUCACAUAUUGGCAAAUAGCUUUGUUUUAACUCACAUUUACAAUUAUAAUUAUUUUAAUAUUAAGUAAGAAUAAGCACAUAAUGCUUGUUACUUAAAUAAGAAUGAAAUGAAUUAAAUAAAUGCACUUAUAUGGGAUAUUUUUA